AUGGCAAACGUUUGGAAAAGGAGUCCUUUUAAGGUCUAUGGGCAACCCAUUCGCUUCCAGCGAUGGAGGCCAGAUUUUAACAUGCACCACAGGAACGCAACCACCAAGUUAGUCUGGAUUCACUUUCCAGAGCUUCCGUUUGAAUACUGGCAUGAAAGAAUCCUCUGUCCAAUGGCCAAAGCCGUAGGUCGCCACCUGGACAUCGACAAGCGAACGAGAAAUGCCUCCAUAGGUAACUUUGCUCGGAUACUGGUGGAGAUGGAGAACUCCGAUCAAAGACUUGAGGAAAUUCAAGUGGAAAGACAACAGCUUGGUAUUGGGGAUUUAUUUUGGUUCACAGAAAGGAUCCUAUAUGAAGAUGCGAUGGGUAUGUGCGGUUUUUGCAAGUGUGUUGGGCAUACUAUUCAGGUUUGUAAAGACAAGAAGAUCGCCAAUGCUAAGCGCAAUGAAAGAGACAAAGUUGCCUCUAGAGGCGUUGCAGGUGUUGUCUGGGUGGAGAAGAGGCCGUCAGGGACGGUGGAUGCACAAUCUUCCGGCAAUUUUCAAAAAGAGUCCAACUUUGGAAAGACUCCUAUGGAAAGUCUAUCCUUUCCUUCUCAAACCAUUCCAACAAAUCAAGGAAACUCCCUGAUUCCUUGCCUUUUUGAUGGAAACAUUGUGGUUGACUUAUCUCCUACGUGA